CGUCUGCCCACUGCUAUUCCGAGAUAAGGGGGCUGGUGUGUCCGUCCAGAGGGGUGUUCCAAGUUCAGAGAGGGUGGCCACAGUCAGAGCUUACGGUGAACAUCGGGAAACGAAAGCCCGCUUUUACUUAUUAACUUGAAUCUACAACAUCCGUGUAGUUGUAUUCUACCAAAACAGAAGCUGAAGCAGCAUCGAAGAACAAGAACGACCACGACACAACGCUUUGAAGUUGAUCUUUCAGAUGCAGUGGUUUCGGAUAUAGUUCCUAAAAUAACGGACACGGGGACGUCAGAAAGACAUGGAGAAUGGGAAGAACCGCCUGCAGCAGGCCCAGGAUGAUGUGGACGAGGUGAAGGUCAUCAUGCUGGAUAACCUCAACAAGGCAGAGGAACGCUCAGGCAAGCUGGGGGAGCUGGAGAACAGAGCAGACCUACUCCUCCAGCAGAGCAAGGGUUUUGCCAAGACUGCAGUGAAGGUGAAGAGGAAGAAGCAGUGGGAAAACAACAAAAUGAAAAUCUUGAUUGCUGGCAUUGCAUCCGGUGUCAUUGUGGUCAUUAUUCUGGUGGCAGUUCUGACCAAUAUUGACUUCAGCUCGUCAGGAAGUAAUGAACCUGAAAAAACCUCCACUGCAGGGCCCUGACAAGGAUGCAAGACUGGCAGGGAAAUUAGAAGACAAUGGGGAUGUGAAGGAAGACCGGAAGAUGUAUCAGGGAUUCCCUCCAAAGGAAAAGAGAUUGAUUAGGGGGAUACAGUCAAGCCUGUAGUCAACAAGAGGUGAAGGCGAUUACAAAGGUUGCUUUUAUAAGAAUGGAGCAGAAAGGACUGAAGCUUAACUUCAUAUGCUUUUGAAGCAGUGUUAUUUUUCAGAGAAAUGUCAGUUUGUCACGCUGAGGUCUUUGCCUACUGGACAAAUAUAUGUUUAAAAGGUACCUGGAUCUGCUGCUUUUCAAGCCAUUCUUCAGAGGUAACGUCUGUUGCAGUGUGCAGGCUUUUGUAUGAGGUUUACAUGUGUGGUCUGCUGCAGUUCAUCUGGCAAACAUUUACUCCCAAGUGAGUUUACAAUUCUUCAUGCUACAUAUUAUCAAUUGUAACCAUGUCAGUCCGAAAUUUUUAAUAUUAUAGUAUUACAAUUUUCCAUAGCAGGACAUUUUCAGUUUAACUUAUACCUAUGUGAAAAGAAAGUAUUAAGAAAGAUACUGAAAAAUGUAUAUCUUUUUGUGAUGAAGAGCAUGCUUUUGUGUCAUGUUGAAUAUGUUUGCUCAGUCCAUGGGCUUGUAUAGUUAUUCAACAGUAUUAAAGAAGUGCCUUUCAUCUGGAGGAAGAAAUUAGAUUUGGUUUUGUGAGUAUGAUUGUAGUAGACUACUGUUAUAACCUGGGGGAAAUAGACACCCUUGCUGCUGUCAAGAUAUUUCAGCUGUUUUAAUCUUUGUAUGUUUGUCAUUUAUUCUGACUGUUAAAUAUUGUAAUUUGUAUUGUGCCUUCAACAUAAAUGUUAGACUUCAAUUUU